GACCAGCUGGAAGCGAGUGUCAAGUGUCUGUGAGAGAAACAGAGACGCUCAACUCUGCCAUAUUGAGCAAUGGAUCGCUCAGCACAAAUGCGCUUGUAACCUGGCAAACAGCAAAGGCAGCGAGAGAACUACAGCAGGCGCUCCUUUCUUGCAGAGGAGAUGAUUUAGAGUGAGUUCAGCAGCCGCCAGUAUUAUCUUUGCUCAGCGGAAUGCAGGAGAUACCUUGAGACAGAACAUUCAGUGGAAUGACAGUGGACUGCGGUGACAGCAGAGGGAGCGAGCUCUGAGAAACGUAAUCGUAUUUGAUUAGCCUCCGGCUGUGACAGUUCCUCAUCGGUUCGCUGUUUGUCUCAACCAUACAGAUGUCAAAGUAAAACUAAAAGAGGAAUAUGGGGUUUGGCCAUCUAUCGCGUGCUGCCACCAGCUGAGACAAAACUAAACACUGCUCAACCAGCAAGGGGAGCAUGUACAAGAGGAAUGGCCUGAUGGCCAAUUUGAGAGUCACGUCUGCCACACCAGAGGGCAGUAGUAGUUCAGACUCUCUCGAUGGACCCUAUGCAGACUAUGCUAUGAAAAGCUAUGAUGCAGUUGUGUUUGACGUACUUAAAGUAACACCUGAGGAAUUUGCGAGUCAAAUCACUUUAAUGGACGUCCCGGUUUUCAAAGCGAUACAACCAGAGGAGCUGACCAGCUGUGGAUGGAAUAAAAAAGACAAACAUAUCCUGGCACCAAAUAUUGUUGCCUUUACAAGACGGUUUAAUCAGGUCAGUUUCUGGAUUGUUCGAGAGAUCCUCACUGCUCAGACUUUGAAAAUAAGAGCAGAAAUACUGAGCCAUUUUAUAAAGCUAGCUAAGAAAUUGCUCGAAUUAAACAACCUUCACUCUCUCAUGGCUGUGGUCUCGGGUCUUCAAAGUGCACCAAUAUUCAGGCUCUCAAAAACCUGGGCACUAGUCAGUCGAAAAGACAAAGCUACAUUUGAGAAGCUGGACUAUUUAGUAACUAAAGAAGACAACUACAAGAGAAUGCGUGAAUUCAUCAGCAGCUUGAGGAUGGUUCCCUGCAUCCCUUACUUGGGAAUUUACUUGUUGGACUUGAUCUACAUUGACUCAGCCUAUCCAGCUUCUGACAGUAUCAUUGAAAAUGAACAGAGGUCAAAUCAGAUGAACAACAUUUUGAGGAUCAUUUCAGAUUUACAAGUUUCUUUCAAUUGUGACUAUCUAGUAACGUUGCCCCAUGUGCAGAAGUACCUGAAAUCUGUUCGGUAUAUCGAGGAGCUGCAAAAGUUUGUUGAAGAGGACAAUUACAAAUUAUCUUUGAAGAUAGAACCAGGGAACAGUUCACCCCGUCUGGUCUCCUCCAGAGAGGACCUGGCAGGUCCCUCUGAGGUUUCCGCCUCAGUGAGGUACAGUCGAAGACCAACAUGUCCUGAUGCCUCGGUAAUGGGCAGCCUGAACACUCCCCCGGUGCCCAGACACAGGAAGAGCCACAGCCUGGGAAACAAUGUGAUGUGCCAGUUUAGCGUCGUUGAAAGUAAAAGUGCAACAUUCCCAACAGAGCGACCACGACACUUGCUGGAUGACAGUGUUCUGGAAAGUCACAGUCCUGCCAAGAAUCAGGAAAGUUCCAUCUUUUCCAACGGAGUUUCAAUUGGAAGCAGCGAGAGCUCUGAGUUCAGUGAGGAACUGUCCUCGGGGUUGGAGAGGAAUCGGUUGUAUGCAACACUAGGUCCCAACUGGCGGGUUUCAGUAAAGAAUUCUCCAAGGAGCCGAUGCAGUAUUAACAGCCCAACAGAUGCAUGCAGUUGCCCUUUAAGUGGAGCAGCCGGAGCCAUCACAAUGGAAGGACCACUGAGACGGAAAACUUUACUGAAGGAAGGCAAGAAGCCAGCGAUGUCAUCCUGGACUCGCUACUGGCUCAUCCUCUCUGGAUCACUCUUGCUGUAUUACUCUGCAAAGUCACUGAGAGCCUCUGAGAGAAAGCAUUUCAAAUCAUCCCCAAGUAAGAAGGUGUCUAUAGCAGGUUGGAUGGUCGUUCUACCUGAUGAUCCAGAGCACCCAGACAUAUUUCAGUUAAGCGAUCCUGAUAAAGGUAAUGUUUACAAGUUCCAGACCAGCUCCAGGUUUCAUGCAAUAUUGUGGCACAAGCACUUGGAUGACGCAUGCAAAAGCAAUAGGCCUCAGAUACCUACCAACCUUAUGUCAUUUGAGUGAACAUUUGAAUCCAGUACAUGUGAUGUGAUCAAAGUGCCAACCCAAGCAAUGGGAAAUAAAACUAUUGAACGGAUUUUUUUUUUAAAAAGUGAAGGAAAAACAACUCUUAUGAGGAGAAAUUUGUGCAUCAACUGCCAGCGUUGAAUACUGAAGCACUUUUUUUUGAAGCUUACGAUGUGACCCUAAAACGAUUUUAGUAUGUCCUGAAAGAGGAAAUGAACGAUUGCUCCUAAUUUAUGGUAUCAGCCGCAGACAUUAGACACAGUUUUAGCAUUGGCGAAACUACAAACUGACAAUACCACAACAAGCAUAGUUGUCGACCAUGGAACUGUGCAUAAUAACUGCUGCCUAUUUCUUUUUUAAAUGUUUGUUUUUAUUCUUAAGCUGCUUUAUUGUAAUGGAACAAAUUUUAGCCCAUGUUGGGUAUUAUCUUUCUUAUGCACAAAAUGUACUACUGACAGUGUUAACAGGCUGCAUCGAGUGGCAUUUAGAAUAGUAAAUCAGUGAACAGAGUUUUUUUUUAAUGACGUGCACUGAAUUGUUUGGCACAGUGGUUGCCUCAAAGUUGUCCGUGGCGGUGAUAGUAAUCCCAUUGUUCCAGCAACCUUCAGCUGGUGGAGUUUGAAUCUAUUGUGAUAUUUGAGCAAACCUAAAAGUUUGUGUAAUCCCAAACCAAUUUAUUUUUAUCUCUUUCCUUUGCUCCCCCUGCCCCCCCCCCCCACAAACAAAACUGUCCCAGCUAAAUGUUCUCAUCAACACUGCCACCCACUUUGACCCAUGACAGGCAGUAUUUUAACUUUGAGAAUGUGGGAUGUUUAUUCUGCUCCGAGGUCUUUAGCAGAGGAACUCAGAGCAGUGCAGUGUGCAGAGGUGGAUUCUGUACAUACAGCACAGCCAGGUUAAGAAACCAUUACGCACCAAUCAGUAAUGGCUGCUUUAUUGUGCCGGAUGUGUCCUUGACACUAUUACAUUAUUGCCAGUUAUAAUAUGGUUUACAAAUCAAAUGAAAU